AUGAGCAGCCCAAUCGACAUUCUCAUUGUCGGCUUCGGUGCGGUUGGCACCGUCUACGGGUGGGUUCUCUCCCAGAACUCGAACGUCCGGGUAACCGCUAUCGCCCGCUCUUCGUACGACGAGAUGUCGAACGGCAUCCGCAUCGAGUCGGAGAAGUACGGCGAGAUUAGCGGGUGGAAGCCGUACAGGCUUGUGAGGGACGCCGACGAGGCGAAUGACCGCGCCUACAAGUAUAUCAUCUGCUCCACCAAGGCUCUUCCCGACCUCCUCCCCACCGCCUCCGUCCUCGCCCCUUUCCUCGAAUCCCGGCAUGCGCAAGACACCGUCGACCUCGAAGACGGACCUUGCGUCGUCCUGAUCCAGAACGGCAUCGGCAUCGAGCACCCUCUCGCAUCCGCUUACCCGUCCAUUCCCAUCAUCUCCGUCGUCGCGUGGAUCGGAGCCAACCUGAAGCCCGGAGGACGCGUCACGCACGGCAUGCUCGAGAAGCUCAUCAUGGGCCUCUAUACUGGCGAAGGAAGCGAACCUGUCGAGGGUGAGCAGGUUGAGGACGCUUUCGGCGACCCUCACGGCUAUCGCAAGGGGCCUGACGGUCCCGAGCGUCUCGAGGAGGGCAAGCGGCGACUGAAGGUCUUCGCCGACUUGAUCAACAACGGCGGAGGAACGGCGGUCGUCGUCGAUGACAUCCAGUCUAAGCGCUACGAGAAGAACUUGUGGAACGCCGCCCUCUCGUCCCUUUGCACCCUCUCGCGGUGCACGGUGUCUCAGGCGGUAGACCCCGCCGUUCUUCCCUACACCCUUCCCGUUGUGCGGCGGACGAUGCUGGAGGUCAUGUACGUCGCGCGGGCGUGGGGAUACCAGGAGGACGUCUUGCCGCUGCGCUGCGUCGACGAGGCCAUCAAGAUCACGAUCAACAACUACCAGCGCCCGUCUCAGCACUCCGACCCGAACACUCCCUUCAGUCCGCAGCGCAGCGACCCGUCCUACGGCUUCCCUACCGAAGGCGACCUAGCGAAAGAGUCGUUCGAGUCGUCCUACAAUUUCAAGCCGUCGAUGCUUUUGGACGCCGAAGCCGGGCGUCCGAUGGAGCUUGAGCCCAUCAUUGGCUCGCUGCUUGAUCGUGCACGUGCAAAGGGUGUCCCGACACCUCGACUCGACAUGGCGUACUCGGCGCUGAAGAUCCAGCAGGACUUGGCCAUCCGCGCGUACUCGUCCUCCGCGACCUAUCAGGAGCACAUCAAGAACUGGCUCUCGAGGCCACCUGCUGUUGCGGGACUCGGAGCAGCAGGCAGGAAGGCGUGGGAGCGGGCGGUCAAGAAGGCGGAGUUGCCCGAGCACGAGCAGGGGAGCGUCGAGAUGGCCGGCUGGCGGGACAAGAUCCCGGGCAAGCCCGUUCGUGCCGACUCGAAGAACAUCUGA